AGUUAGCGAAUCGCAGUCAGUGAACCAAGUUACUGGGUUGAAAAAACUCGUUCUACUGUUGACUGCUCUCAGUGCUUGAUUCAGUCGAAGCGAAGUCGCCAGAGUCGGAAUAUACGGCAAUAAUAUAUUGUUAGAUAGUACAGAUAAGUGAAAAGGGAAGGGAAAACGAAAGAUGGCAGCCAGCAAGUCACAAAUCGAGGAGCUAUACGACUUCAUAUAUCCGCUGGCAGUAAGAGCAGGGGAAAUCCUGCUGGAAGGAUACGAAAAUGCCGGCAAGGCGGUGUCCCUCAAAGACGGGGAGUUCUACAAUGUGGUCACUGUGUAUGACAACCAGAUCGAGGAGUUUCUCGUGGAGAGGAUCCUGGCCAGCUAUCCGGACCACAAGUUCAUUGGCGAGGAGGAUACGCACAAAAAUGACAACGUUACCAAAGAGCUGACCGAUGCUCCCACCUGGAUCAUAGAUCCCAUCGACGGCACUUCGAAUUUCAUCAAACAGAUUCCACACGUUUCCGUUUCGAUUGGAUUGUCCAUUAAGAAACAAAUUGUUUUGGGAGUGGUUAACAAUCCGGCCCAAAAGAAGCUGUAUACGGCUAAAUUGGGCCAAGGUGCCUUUUGCAAUGGGAAACCCAUCCAGGUUAGCAGCUGCCAGCAUAUCAACGAUGCCAAUGUUGCAUAUGAGGUCUGUUUGCUGCACGCCCCAAAGAUCCGGAACAAACAUAUCAAGAGAAUCUACCAUGUGGGAUCCAAUGCCAGAAGACUUCUCGCCUAUUCAGCUGUGGUAGAUUCGCUUUGCAUGGUGGCCGCCGGCAAUUUAGAUGCCUUCCACAUCGAGGACAUGUAUCCUUGGGAUUGCGCCGCCGGCUAUCUGCUCAUCCGUGAGGCUGGUGGAGUGGUCACCCAUCCGUAUGGCGGACCCUUCGACAUCAUGAAACCGGAUUUAAUCUGCGCCGGAACGGAGUCACUGAGGGCGGAGAUAGAGCAGCUGAUUCGCAAGGCUGACCAGGAGAAGCAUGUGGGAGGGGAGUGAGUUUUGAGGCCCGAAGAGCUUUUGUAAACAAAAAUACAUAAAACUGAAUUUCA